AUGCGUUUGGCCGCAUACCUGAAUUUGAACUACGAAAACGAUGAUCUCUUACCGAUGCUCAUCGUUGUGUUCAACUUGGUCCCGGUGUCGAUAUUCCUGGCUGUGAUGUCGUUCACUUUCGUCAUCAACUUCGGCACUGCCUUAAUCAUUCAAAUGAUAGCUGUGGUGAUGUGCUUAGCCUGGUUGAUUCCAUGCUUGAUAUUCUGCUCGAUUUCGGCGUUAGUGGUUUGGCAAGCGAUUCAGUUCGUUCGAUUCCUCAUCGGAGCGUACAUCGAUCGAAGUCUCAGCAAGAGUAUACCGCCACAUAAGGUUUACUGA